ACUUCCUUUCCGAACGAAGCUGAAAUCAUGGACGCCAGCCGCGUGCAGCCCAUCAAGCUCGCCAGAGUUACAAAAGUGCUGGGAAGAACUGGCUCGCAGGGACAAUGUACCCAGGUGCGUGUUGAGUUCAUGGAUGACAGCAACCGAUCCAUCAUCAGGAACGUGAAGGGCCCGGUCAGAGAAGGAGAUGUGCUGACACUUCUGGAGUCUGAAAGAGAGGCCAGGAGACUUCGCUAGUGCACAUGAAGAGCUGCUAUGGCCAAAGCUGUACUCGUGGAGCACAUCAACACCAGCUCUACAGUUGGCAGUACAAAAACAUUUGGGUGCAGAUUGAAAUAAAUUGACUUUGUGAAUAA